AUGAGACAAGAUAGUGCAGUACCAGCAUAUAUGAUGGAAAUAAUGCUGAAUGGAGUUAGAAUAGAUAUGGAAGUGGACUCCGGGUGCGCUUUCAGUCUCAUAAGUGAGCAGACCGCUAGGAUAGUUUGGCAGGGCUCGCUCCCAGUAUUUGAUGAUAUUGGGGUUUCUUUAAAGACAUGGACACAGAACAGACUAUGUAUAAUGGGUAAAGUUACAGUUUUGGUUCAGAAUAAGAAGAUAAAGAAAAACUUAUCCUUAGUGGUGGCUAAGGGCAACGGGCCAAGCUUGAUCGGUCGGAAUUGGUUCCGGGAUUUAGGGAUACAUGUCCAAGGAGUAAAUAGUUUAAAGGUUGACAGCGAUGAAGUGGCCACAACACUAAAUGGAAUACAGAAACGCUAUGUAGGAGUUUUUCAGGAAGGAUUAGGGAAAUAUACGGGGCCUGUAGUGUGUAUUAGGCCAAAAGAAGGAGCAAAGCCAGUAUUUUUUAAGAGCAGACCGGUGCCGUUCGCAAUAAAAGGCCGAAUUUACGAAGAGUUGGAUAGGCUAGAAGCCGAAGGCGUUUUGGAGGCGACGUCACAUUCCGAAUGGGCCACACCUAUAGUUCCAGUACUUAAGCAAGAUGGCAAGGUACGUCUGUGCGGGGAUUAUAGGGCGACAGUGAAUGCCGUGACGGAUACUGACACUUACCCCUUACCUACCCUCAGUGAAGCUUUUGCGGAAUUACAAGGGGGAGUUUUAUUUACAAAGAUAGAUUUGGAACGGGCGUACACCCAGGUUAUGGUAGAUGAGGAGACAGCGAAUUUGCUAACUAUUAAUACCCCUAAGGGGUUAUAUAAAAUGAAGAGAUUACCCUUCGGGGUAAAGGCUUGUCCUGGCAUAUUCCAACGACUCAUGUCGACGCUAUUGGCUGGUAUCCCUGGGGUAGCCGUACUGUUAGACGAUAUUGUGGUGACUGGCAAUGGAGUGCAAGAACACAAUAGGAGGCUCGAGGCGGUGCUUCAUAAGUUACAGGAAGCGGGAUUGCGAGUGAAUAAAAACAAAUGUAAAUUUGCUGCCAGGAGUGUGCAGUUUUUAGGUUUUAUGAUUGACGAAUUUGGUAUUCAUCCUUGCGAGGAGAAGAUUAAUGAGAUUGAAAAGACGCCUGCACCUCGUAAUGUGAAAGAGCUUCAAGCAUUCCUGGGGCUGAUAAAUUUUUAUGAUAGAUUUUUGCCACACAAAGCGUCGAUUUCUGAGCCAUUGUACAGAUUACUUGACAAAGACGCGAAAUGGAAAUGGGGAAAAGAACAUCAAAAUUCAUUUGAGAAGCUAAGGAAAAUGCUUUCCAGUAAAGAUACUCUGGUGCAUUAUGACAUAAAAAAGAAACUUAUUUUAUCUUGUGACGCGUCACAGUACGGACUGGGAGCAGUGUUAGAACACGAGAUGGCUGAUGGAAGUAUCAGACCCGUAAUGUUUGCCUCGAGAACCAUGAACACACAUGAACGUAAUUAUGCACAAAUAGACAAGGAAGCAGCUGCUAUAAUAUUUGGCUUGAAGAAAUUUCAUCAGUUUAUAAGUGGUCGAAGAGUGAUUAUCAAGACAGAUCAUAAGCCUUUGUUGGGGAUAUUCGAUUCAAAGAAACCUAUACCCAACAUUAUAUCACCUAGGAUGUUACGGUGGGCACUCCUACUGAACUCUUACGACUAUGAAAUACAAUAUGUCCAGGGGAAAAAAAUUGGAAACGCAGAUGCCCUCAGUCGAUGGCCGGGUCCACCAGGUACACAAACGCCGGAAGAGGAUUUUUUAGGAAUUCUACUAAUAGAGGAGACACCCAUUGAAUUGGAGUUUUCUGCCAUAGAAGUGGCCAACUUGACAAAAAAGGAUAAGUGUCUCAGUAAAAUAUUAUAUUGGAUACGUAACGGAUGGCCUGGGAAGAGUAAUGACGAGUACAAGGUUUACUGGCAAAAGCGAGACGAGUUUUCCAUGUAUAAAGAUUGCAUUUUAUGGGGAAAUAGAGUGGUUAUACCAGAGAAGAUGCGAGGAAAAGUGCUGGAGGAGCUGCAUAUGAAUCACGACGGUAUUGUGAUCACAAAGGCUAUGGCGAGAAGCUAUUUUUGGUGGCCUGCGAUGGAUAAGCAAAUUGAAGACAUGGUGAAGAGCUGUAACGUGUGUGCAGAAAAUCGAAAUAUGCCAUCUAAAGUUACCCAUCAUUGGAUAAAGCCAGAUAAAGCAUGGUCUAGACUACAUAUGGAUUACGCUGGGCCAUUUCAAGGAAAGAUAUUUUUAAUUGUAAUUGACGCUUAUUCUAAGUGGCCAGAGGUCAAGAUCGUACCAGAUAUGAGUAGCUCUACGUUAAUAAGAAUAUUGCGGGAUGUUUUUGCAGAACAAGGUCUUCCUGAUGUACUUGUAAGUGAUAAUGGAAGAAGUUUUGUUUCAGAGGAGUUCCGUAAAUACUUAGAAUCCCAAGGGAUCAGACAAGUCCUGUCCGCCCCUUACCACCCUGCGACCAACGGUCAAGCGGAAAGAACGGUGCAGACAGUGAAGGCUAAAUUAAGGAAAAUAACAUCUGGACCAUGGGAAGUGAGAUUACCAGCGAUACUGUAUGGUUUACGUACCACACCAAACAGCGUCAAUGAUAAAACUCCGGCUGAGCUCCUGAACAACAGGCGUUUUAGAACUAAGUUCGAUAGGUUAAACCCCCUGUCUUUCAGAUGUGUUGAUAAGGAAAAAGUAAUAGAGAAGAAUAGUGAGACAAAGAACAGGGAGUUUAAUACUGGACAGUCAGUGUACGUAAAGAACUACUGCGGUGGACCACGCUGGUUGAAAGGGACGGUGGAAAAGCGACUAGGGGUCUGCAGAUACUUAGUGAAAUGGAACGAUAAGAUGUUAGUACGACACAUCAAUCAAAUGCUCGGUUGCGGGGGGGAAGGACAACAGAAGGUCCCUGAGGUAACCGAUGACGCUACGGAUGACGAUGACGAGGAUACCCGAGUUGCGAUACCUUCGCCUCAUCGUUGGGCGGAUAUCAUAGGGGUGUCCGGACCCCAGGACAUCACGAUACACGGAAACCCACAAAAUACCGCAUCCAGCAGCCACAAACGUGCUAGACAGACCACACCCCCAGACUCACCCGAUUAUAAGAGAAUAGCCCUAGCGGAUAGCGAUAGUGGCAGUGAGUCAGAACUGUCUGAAUGUAGAAAUGUAGAGACGGAGGAAGAAUAG